AUGCGGCAAGAGACGGAACUCAAGAUACUCGAAUGGCGAGCAGAGCAGGCAGAAUUAUGGAGAGACGAUGUCAGAGACAUCAUUGGGUUGACUCAAAGAAAAAUGGACAGCUAUUUGAUUGUGUCCACACUUCUUCUUGGAAUGUGUUUAGGCCUUUACACAGAAGGUCGCUUGCAACCUGGGACGCCAACGUUCCUGAUACACUACUACAUGCUGACUUUGUCUGCAGCCUUUCUGUACUUGCUAAUGUCUGUUUGGCUGGCCGUGCACGCGUCCAUUGUUGCCCAGUGUUCGGCCGUCCGCUUGCUCACACAAUUUGUUCGUCUUCCAAUCCCAACAUGGCAGGCGCUUCAGAACAUGAGAACCUUUGCGUCGGGGCCUUGAGAACCCCAGCUCAAAAUCUCAAUCUUCACAGCCUGUUCCAGCUGGUGGCACUACAAGUGCUUGACCAAGCCUACCAGACCGGGACUUGUACGAGCUGCAGCACAUGCCUGCUCUUCGUAGGCGUCAUGUGCAGCUGGCAAGGUGCGAACUAUAACAGCGAUGGCAGCUAUGAGUUCUUCAGCUGUCUCCGACUUGUUACAGCUAUGGCUUGUUGUGCUCUGUGUGCUUUGGCGCUGGUUCUUAACGUGGCCAGGCAAGCAGCAAGACAGUACCAAAGUUACGAUGCAUUUGCUCGAGUUUCCAUGGCCUUCGGCACACAUCAGCUAAUGCAAUCGCCAGAUGCCAAGUCAGGUGAUCCUGCCUCAAAGGUUUCGGGCUGUGCUCUACAUGGAUGUAUUUGGCGUGCUGAAGCACAGGUGGCACGAAGUGCACAUUGGAAGCAAGUCCAUCUUGAGGCGAAAGUGCUGCACAUCCAGCUCAGAGGCUACCGUGCUGGGCUGGAUUCACUGAAUUCCUGCUUUGUGCAGGUCACAGAGUACAUCCAAAGUUGGUCCCUUGAGAUCAUUGUGUCGACAGCAAACAUGAAGCUUUUUCAGUCUGAGACUGUCAAAGGGGCUAUGGAUGAUGCGGACCGGCACCGAGCUGCUGCGUUGGUUCACCGUGCAAGAAAAGCAACAAAGGCUCCAAAGGAUGCCGCCGCAAAGACCGGAUCAAACAUUUCUGGACACUCCAUGUCAGUAGAUGAGGACAACUUUGUGCUGAUCAAAGGCUAUACAGACUUUGGAACAGAGGUUGAAUACCUCUACAACCCAAAGAGCGGAGAGGCCCGUCCUUUAGAGUCAGAGGACAAGGAGGAAGAUGAGAUUGCAUCCGACAUGCCAAGUCCAGGUGGAAUGACGCGAUCAUCUUCAAAGACCAAUGGACAAAAGGUUCGGACCAUGACGCAAUUUGAUGCUGCCAUCGAGGAGUACUGCGAGCAUCAAAAGCAAGAAAAGGCCAAGGUGGUCUUGCCUCCAGAGGCCUUGCAGUCAACGCCCAGUACCAUCCUCCAUCAUUUACAUCAUGCCAAAGUGGCUGUGAUGACACCAGUUGUCAAUGCAGUCAGUUCUGGAGUUCCAGAAGAAGACGAAGAAGGGACAGAGGAAGAAAGUUCUGGCAGACAUUCGAGAGACCUGCUCAGUCCAUCAGGAGAGAUGUCAAGCAAAGAUGCCAACUUUCACCCAAUGACUUUUAUUAACGAGCACGUGGACGAUGAGGACGCGAAGAUCGUCAGUGGUCAUGAUAAGAUGGACCCUGGCAAACUACCUGCAAAGGUGCGCCAUAAUUUGGCCACCUUGCUCAUGGUCUUGCUUUGGGCGAUUGGUCUUGCAGUUCCAUUUGGUGUUUUUCGGGAGUUCUUUACCAAGCCACUGAUGAUCGACUUCACAUUCAGUGGAAGUGAGAAGGUGGUGAACCAUUCUGCCGGGGAGAUCGUCAAUUCGAACGGGUUCACCACCAACCACAUCGAGAACAGGUGGAGCCUUGUGAAGCGUUGGGUUCGCAAGCGCAUGGGAGGACGCCUUCCGCUUCACUCAAACAGAGAGACGUGGACCAGGCUUCUGAAUGAAUUUCAUUGGCGCAAGAUCGUGGCGCAUGGCCACAUCUUGGACUGGGGCCAUACGUGGUAUGUGCCGCUGACAGAGGCUAUGGCCACGUUGCGAUCAUAUUCCCUGACCUUGGGACGCAGAAGGGUUCGAAGCGAGAGUCCAGUCACACCAGUGCAAGGUCAUGGACAGCAGACGCAUGUGAACGAUGUAGCUCUGCAUGCACCACAGCCGACUGAUGAUGAUGAGCCUAUGGAUACGGAGAGCGAUGGGCAGGAGAUCGAUGACGACAGCAUGCCUGAGACACCUCCUAGCGUACAUGGUCUCUGGCUACCGGGCGGACUGCCGGCGGAGAGCGAUGGGCAGGAGAUGGAUGACGACAGCAUGCCUGAGACACCGCCUAGCGUACAUGGUCUCUGGCUACCGGGCGGACUGCCGGCGGAGAGCGAUGGGCAGGAGAUCGAUGGCGACAGCAUGCCUGAGACACCGCCUAGCGUACAUGGUCUCUGGCUACCGGGCGGACUGCCGGCGGAGAGCGAUGGGCAGGAGAUCGAUGACGACAGCAUGCCUGAGACACCGCCUAGCGUACAUGGUCUCUGGCUACCGGGCGGACUGCCGGCAGCCAUCACACCACCGGAGGCAUUCAUCUCCGCAAACGCGGAUGAUGUCGUGCUUCCUUGGACACCUCUUGGUCCACCACCAAUGACUCCGCCAGAGGCAGUUGUUGGUACUAGGCCUGAUGGUCUGCCAGAGCUGAUUCCGAUGGUCAGGCACCGCAAGGACCUGCAUUCGCUUCAAGGGCAUCCCAUUCACGUCCAAUGGCCACUCAAGUCUGGACUCAAACCCAGGACAUUGAGUUGUGAUCCGUCUGGAAAAGUUCUAGUUGUUGCAGAUGACCUUGGAGUUUAUGCUGGCCAAGUCACCCGAGAGGCAGAUAUGGCGAAGGUGAGAUUCGACAGAGUGCCACCUUGCGUCGCCUUGGAGGGUCAAGCAAUACAGGAUGUGAGCGUCGCUUGCGGUGCUGGACCGCAAGCCAACUGUCGCGUGCUAGUGUUGCAUUCCAAGGGCCGCUUGCUGGCAGAAUGUCCUCUUCAGAGAUCCUUUGUCAAACAGCAAGCAGAUACAGGUCACAUGACCGUCGCUGCCCUGCCUGACACAGAGCCCAAGCAGUGGAAGAUUCCAGAUACAUGGCUCCACCACGAUGCGCGUUCAAAGAGACCCGAGCAGAUCAAGGCGCUAGCAGCAAACAGCGACUGCAUGAUGGGAGGUUUCCAAGCGAAUGACGAGGGCUGUGUGGUGGCAGGGACAUCUGAAGGUCGCGUUGUCGAGCUUCGCGAAAGCCACAUCAAGAAUCAUACUCUCGUGCCUGAACGCGCCAUGGAGCAGCGCAACGAGGCUCUUUCAGCUGGUUCCCUUCAUUUCUCUUCGAAGGGCUAUGUGAUGGUCUUGCGUCGCAAGAGUCGCUCUGUGCAGGCUUUUGAUACUCUACGCGGAACCAAUGCGGGCGA